AUGUGGAAGAGAAACAACACCGCGGAGCCCCAGAUGGGCUACCACGCACAUCCCGAGCCAACAAUGGAUGAGCGCUAUUUGGAGACCAUCCCCGAAGUCGAGUCUUUGUAUAGUCGACGGAACAGUGUCGCGGCUACGGCUCUACCAGAGUUGCCAUUUCGUGCUAUCCCUUCCAUGAAUGAACGUGAUUCUCAUGAUCCAGCCUCUCAUCUUGUUGCCAACUUCGUUUCCCAGAACCCCGCCGCGCAGACAACAACACAGCCGAGACCUGAUUCCACGGGUACAGGAAAUGUCUCACCAAUCAGUACCCAAGACUCAUACCAUCCCAAUGGCUCAGAUGCUUCCCUCGUCUCUCCCAUAGAAUCGACCUUUCCCUCCUCGACCCAGGCGCCACGACCCGAGCCGGCCCUCAGAAGCCAGAUUCCUCGAAAGUUGCCUCCAGUAAUGAAAGCCACAUCGCCAGAAGGAGACAUCCCUAAACGAUGGUCCUUGCGGGAGAAGAAGAAUGAAGAAACCAGGUGGGAUGAAUAUUCAGGCGAGCCCAAUCAGACAGGAAAACCAUCGUCCGUCCGACCAGGAGCAGUUCCGUCACUAGAGCCGCAAUAUCCCCAACUCAAGGAAAGAACGCGGCAGAUUCUCUCGGGGCUCAAAGAACGCGAAGUGGUCAAGAAGUCAACUUGGGGCAAGGCUCCUCCACCGGUGGGACCUGAUCCCCUCGAUAACCCAGUUCAGCGGCCACCAUGGAAAGGUGCCAGUGGAAGACAGGCCAUAGUAGAACCAGUCAAGAACACACCCUCGGCGCGUCCUAGACCUUUGAUGUUGGUCGAGCGACAAAGGAAAGCCGAACAGCAGGCUCAAAGUCAAACCUCUGGACCGGUACGGUCACCGGAAGUAGCCCCAAGAUCUCCUAUUGACGCCGUUUCCGUGGCCGCUUCACAGCUGCCAACAGUCAGAGCUGUACCCUCAGAAGAGAGUAUCAAGCCUGUCGCACCCCUUAAAGGUAGAAAUACGCCGCGAAUACUGUCACCCACACAGGUCGAACAGCCCCGAUCCCUGGACAGUCCAUUUCAAAGCCCUGGCCCAGCGCCGCCUCGUGAAGCAGUUCCAAGCCCCGCCCCGAGCACCAUACGCACUUAUGGAGAUGACAGUCCGACCCUCGGCUCAAGUGCACCCUCCCUCGCCGCACCUGAGGGAAGCUCAAGUGAAGAAUCACUCGACCAAACCCUGAAACAGAAACCGUUACAUCGCGAACCAGACACUUCAUCAAGUUGGAACACUUACGCGACGAAUACGGUUGAGGAUAAUAGCACAGCCCCCCCGAGCCCUAUCGCACGAGCAGAACUCACCAGCAGCCCUAUCCCAAUGGCGGCACCGUCAACAGAUAUUCCUGCUCGGAGUAUGCUACGGAAACGUGUGACCGCAAAUAACAGCGGUCAUACGAGUUAUGACUAUCAUAGUGGCAUUUCACCAUUCUCCAAUGUCUCCGCCCGAAAAUCCAGCUCCAAUAUCCUCCGAAAGGCCGUCGGCAGCAACGAGAAGGCCCGUGCUGUCAGUCUCAUGUCCAACAUGUCGAUUGCCAAAUCCCUCCCUCCUACACCGGUCGAGCUUCAAGCCGCUGAUAAAGUGACGUCCCUCGAAGCGCGACUGGAAGAUCUUUCACGGCGAAAGCGAAACUUGAAUAAAAUCAUCCGAGAACUGCAGGAGUCGCUGAAAAAGAACGCAAUUGUCUAUGAUGCAAGGAAACGGAAAGAGGUUGAUAAGAUGAUCAUCAAUCUCAAUUUGGAGCUGCAGGAGAUUACCAAUGAAGAGCACGAAACGGGAUUGAGGUUGCACCGUGUCCAGAAACGAAGGGAUAAAGAUGACUUCUACGAGCAGCCCACUGGAUUGUGGAUUAAGAGAGUCACCAGUUGA